AUGGCCUUGAUGGCAGCAUUAAUCGAUCCAGAAGAAUAUGAAGGCAAAGUUUUAGAACAUAUUGGAGCCACAUCUCCUCAAGACUGUAUGGCCGCCAUAACAUUCGACGGUGGAGAUUUACAACUGGGAUCACGUCCACAUAAUAGACCACUGUAUGUCAGCGGUUAUAUUCGAGAGUGCAAGAUAAAUUGCAUGAUGAUCGAUUGUGGAUCUGCUGUAAAUAUUAUGCCGGUCAAAACAAUGAAGAAAAUUGGAAUCAAUGUUGGUAAUCUAUCCAGAAGAAAAAUCAUGAUUCAUGGAUUCAAUCAAAAAGGUCAGCGAGCCAUUGGCAUGAUUCGCCUAAAGUUGCAAAUAGAAGAGUUAAUCUCCUCGGCUCUUUUCCAUGUCAUUGAUGCUAAAACAUCAUACAAGUUACUCCUUGGACGUGUUUGGCUGCACGAAACUGGAGUGGUACCUUCGACUUGGCACCAAUGCUUCAAAUAUAACCGAGACGGAGAGGUCAAAUGUGUGGUAGCUGAGUCCAAACCUUUUCUCGAAGAAGAAUCUCAUUUUGCCGAUGUCAAGUUUUACAUGGAAGGUGAAGAAUAUAAUUCUUCAGGGUUGACCAUGUCUGGAUUCAAAAUCAAAGAAGAUACAAAUGAUCAUGAUACAUCUAGUGCUGCUCAGUCUCAUCAACUUAUCAAAGAUAAGUCAAAAUUUACGUCCAAAAAAUUCUCUAAAGGCAAAGAACCUCAAGUAGAAUCAAUCGAUGUUGAGGUAUUGAGAAAAGAGUUAACUCUUCCAAUACCUAGUAUCCCAAAAUUGCUUCUGCCCCACCAACUUAUGGCGGGCUCGAAAGGACAUAAAUCUACAUCAGAGGCUUCAACAUCUCUUCCGAACAUAUCAAAACUCUAUAUUUCCAGGUCAUCCAAACAAGAAGGAGUUGCUGAAUCAAAACAAACUUUCAGAGGAUGUUACAAUCCUCAAGUUAAAAAGUUGUUUGAAAAUGCUGGGUUUGGAAAAGGAGAGCCUCGUAAAUUAGGUGAUCUUGAUGCUGUCCUUUCAGGAGGGCAUCCCCCUUUUAAUUCUGAUGAAGCCUUGGUGUCCCGACCCAAGUAUGGUUUGGGAUAUGAUCCCAAUCCACCAAGAAAGAUUAAGGUCAAGAAGGUUUCCUCAAACCCCAUCAUGAUUCAAAUUUUUGAAGUUGUAGAAGAGAAAUCUGAACAGCCGAAACCUUCAGUGUUUGAUCGAAUUGAAAAUAAGAAUGCCAGAGUUUCAGUGUUUAAAAGGUUAAAAGGAGAAUCCUCCCCAAUAGUUGAUGUAAAAGACUCCAAGUCCGAAAGUUCUAUCACAACUGAUGAACCUGAACCAGCCCCACAUACUUUUGACGAAGGUGGACAAGCUACUGUGGACGACUUGAAACAAUUGAACCUGGGGACCAAAGAAGACCCGAGACCAGUAUUUGUAAGUGCCUUUCUCAAUCAAAAGGAAGAAUCUGAGUACAUUAGUUUGCUUCACGAAUACAAAGACGUGUUUGCAUGGUCUUACAAAGAAAUGUCGGGGUUAAAUCCUGAAGUUGCAGUGCAUCAUCUUGCAAUAAGACAUGGAGUUCGACUUGUCAAACAACCUCAAAAAAGAUUUCGACCAGAACUGAUUCCUCAAAUUGAAAUGGAAGUCAACAAACUUAUUGAAGCUGGAUUUAUACGCGAAGUGAAAUAUCCAACAUGGAUCGCAAACAUUGUUCCUGUUAAAAAAAAGAACGGGCAAUUGCGAAUUUGCGUUGACUUUCAGGAUCUGAAUCAAGCAUGUCCGAAAGAUGAUUUUCCACUUCCAAUAACAGAGUUGAUGGUGGAUGCAACUACCGGAUAUGAAGUAUUAUCUUUCAUGGACGGAUUUUCUGGAUACAAUCAGAUACGGAUGAACCAAAAAGACGAGGAACUCACAUCAUUUCGUACCCCAAAAGGCAUAUAUUGUUAUAAAGUUAUGCCUUUUGGAUUAAAAAAUACGGGGGCAACAUACCAGCGGGCAAUGCAAAAGAUUUUCGAUGAUAUUCUACAUAAGAACGUUGAAUGUUAUGUGGAUGAUUUUGUUGUUAAAACAAAAAGACGCGACGAUCAUUUACAAGAUUUACGUGAUGUUUUCAAAAAACUUCGAAGACAUCAGUUAAAGAUGUAUCCGUUGAAAUGUGCAUUUGGCAUCACCUCUGGAAAAUUUCUCGGCUUCGUUGUUCGACAUCGGGGCAUUGAAAUAGACCAAUCAAAAAUUGAAGCUAUAAUCAACAUGCCAGAGCCAAGAAAUGUACGUGAGUUGAAAAGUCUUCAAGGAAAACUUGCAUACAUUCGAAGAUUUAUCUCUAAUCUAUCCGAACGUUGUCAUCCAUUCAACAAAUUAGUGAAGAAAGAUGUACCAUUCGAAUGGGAUGACGCUUGUCAAAAUGCUUUCCAAAGCAUUAAACAAUAUUUGUCUCGUCCACCAGUACUCACAGCUCCAGUUCUAGGAAAGUUGCUGACUCUUUAUGUUGCAGCACAAGAAUAUUCUCUGAGGGCACUUCUUGCCCAAGUUAACGAAGAAGGAAAAGAGAAUGCACUCUAUUACUUGAGUCGGACACUGGUAGGCGCUGAAAUGAAGUAUUUGCCUAUUGAAAAAAUGUGCCUCGCGUUAAUCUUCAUAGCUAAAAAGUUGAGGCAUUAUAUGCUAUCACACACAAUCAAUCUUGUUUCAAAAAUUGAUCUAUUGAAGUACAUAAUGUCCAGACCGAUUCUUUCUAGAAGGAUUGGAAAAUGGGCAUUACUGUUGUCUGAGUUCGACAUCAAAUUCAUUCCACAAAAGGCCAUUAAAGGACAAGCUUUGGCGAAUUUCCUUGCUGACCACCCAAUUCCAAUGGAAUGGGAACUUCAGGAAGACCUUCCCGAUGAAGAAGUUCUAUUCACCGAAAUCAUACCAUCAUGGAGGCUAUACUUCUAUGGGGCAGCCCGAAGUUAUGGUGCCGGAGCAGGAGUGGUCUUCAUCACUCCUCAUGAUCUCGUCAUGCCCUACUCAUUUACCUUAACAGAGAAAUCUGAAUAUGAAGUCCGUAAUUCAGACUUGAAGCCAUAUCAUGAACAUGCAGCAAUGAUUAUGAGACGAUUUGAUUCGAUAAAAAUCAAAUUCGUCCCGAGAAGUGAAAAUAAGGAAGCUGGUGCCUUAGCUAAUUUGGCUGCUGUUUUAGCUAGAUCAGAUGAAGAAUUUUCCCACUCCAUAUCAAUUGCUCAAAGAUGGGUGCUUCCGUCAUUGGUACCCAGUAAUUUAGAAGAAAACAAUAGUGUUGAAGUAGUCGAAGAUGAGGAAAGAGAAGAUUGGAGAUAG